AUGGCUCAAUCGCCCGGCGUCCGGCGAGUAUGUUGCAACUCCGAUUUAUUGGCGGCGGUUUUGCAGACCUCGUUUUCCGGCUAUUACACUGCGGGUGUCUUCGAGCGUCUCGCGGCCAUCUCGACGGAGAUCGGUGGAUCGGAGGCUGAUAUAGCCCGUAACGGCAGCUUUCAGUCGAGAUGCAGGGGCGACCGGAUGUGGUGCGUGGCGGCGGCGGCGGGUCUGUUGGAGCCUGGAGGCGACGACGGCAUGCUCGACGAAGCUGAUGGCAGCGACGGCGACGGCAGCGUGCUCGACGGGACUGGUGGCGGAGACCGGCCGUGCAGGCAGGUGGCGGCGGGGCAGCUGGCGACGAGUGUGUGA